AUGACUGGAAAUAAAUAUCAUAGUAUUCAAGGUGCUUCUAAUCAACAAGAGUUACUCUAUGGCGAUUUAAAGUUGGUGAAUUCAAUCACUGGUCAGAAUCUCGUACAAACAUUGAUUCACAGUGUGAUCGAUCAUAUCUGUGGUAGAACUAUUCCCGUUGACUUUUCAAUCUAUGGUUUACAGACAAUCCGAACACUCUUUGAACGUUUGGCUGUGUUUGUCAGUCGUGUUGUCGGACGUGAACUAAAGAGAGAGCAGAUCGUGGAGGAUCUAAAGACUGCUGCAGUUCAAGACGAUUCAAUCAAUACGAUCGCUGAUGCCAUUGUAUCACGUUAUCAAGAUAUCAAACGUGAACUAACAGAGAAACUAUCUUCUAUUUCAUCUUCAUCUCUAACUGAUUUCGAUUGGAAAAUGAAUCUUAUAUUAUCAAGUGAUAAGAUAAACAGUGUAAAUGAAAAUGUAUUAAUGUUGAACCUCACUAUUGAUCACCAUGAAGAAAAGAAAGAACAAUUGUUGGUUGAACUAUCAAAGAAGGAUUUAGAUCAAUUACUUUCGCAAUUCGAACAAAUCAAUAGUGUGGUACAAUCAUUAAAGAUUUAA